AUGAGUUCUAUCGGUACUGGGUACGAUCUGUCUGCUUCACAAUUCUCACCAGACGGUAGAGUUUUUCAAGUCGAAUAUGCUGCUAAAGCAGUGGAGAAUUCAGGCACAGUUAUUGGACUGCGAGGUAAAGAUGGAGUUGUGUUUGCAGUUGAGAAGCUAGUUACAUCAAAGUUGUAUGAACCAGGUGCAAAUAAAAGAAUUUUCCAUGUAGAUGAACAUAUUGGAAUGGCUGUUGCUGGAUUAAUUUCUGAUGCAAGGCAAAUUGUUGAGACGGCCCGUUCUGAAGCAUCGAAUUACAGAUCCCAGUAUGGCAUGCAAGUUCCAUUAAAGUAUCUGAAUGAGAGAGUCUCAAUGUACAUGCAUGCUUACACAUUGUACAGUGCUGUCCGUCCAUAUGGCUGCUCUGUGGUUAUGGGCUCCUGGUCAGAAUAUGAUGGCCCUCAGAUGUACAUGCUUGACCCUAGUGGAGUUUCGUUUUCUUACUUUGGAUGUGCAGUAGGAAAAGCAAAGCAAGCUGCUAAGACUGAAAUUGAGAAACUCAAGCUUGCUGACAUGACUGUUAAGGAACUGGUGAAGGAGGCAGCCAGAAUCAUUUAUCUAGUACAUGAUGAAUUAAAAGACAAACAAUUUGAGUUAGAACUCUCAUGGGUGUCAAAGGGCACAAAAGGCCGUCAUCAAUUAGUGCCUCGGGAAAUAGCCACUGAGGCAGAGAACCAAGCCAAACAAGCAUUAGCAGAUAUUGAGGACUCGGAUGAAGGAGAAAUG